AUGGAACAAAAGCGCGCCCAAACCCUGGAGGCGCUGGAAAACUUCAUACAGACUCACAAGACGCUGCUCGAACGUACAUACGCCGACAUAGAGGGGCUCCGAGCUCUUCGCGCGGAUGUAGCGAACGAUGCCGCUCUCAGUGUUGAAAAGCUCGCAGGGAUGCUCGACGAGCCCUCUUUCAAAUUGAGCGAGCAGCUCGACGCUAUGCCCCCGCUUCCCGCUGAGCUCGACUGGUCGCUCUUUGGCGGAGCUGACGCCGCGCCUUUCAAGACCAUGGCGACCACUGCGCGCGAAGCCUACGCCGCGCGCAACGUCCCUCCGAAGACCCAGCUCUCCUCCCCCUCCGCCUUGCGCCAGUUCGUCGCUAGCAACCGCCUUUCUAUCAUCGACCCUGUCCUCACUGCCUUUCGCCUCCCUGAUGAACUCGCAUGUAUAUCCUCAGACGAGGAGGUCGACCCGGAGGAGCUCUGCCGCGCCCGUGAGCGCGAGAAGAUCCGUGAGCUCAAGAAGCGGCGGAUCGAAGGGGACGCUCUGGGGGGCAAUGGCGCGGCGUUCUCAGGCCUCGGGCUGCGGAAGCCCGUCGCUGGGGUGUUCAUCCGGCGGGACCAGGAGGACGAGAGUGCGGAGGUCGACAUCUCGAUGGCCGAGGACGAGAGCGCGCGAUCGGUCCCCGGCUCGACCUCGGAGGUCGUACCUUUGACUGUGGAUACCCCUGCGACGAGCGUGGCGUCCCUCCCGCCGUCCGCUUCUGUCGAGCGGGAGGCGUUGACUCGGGAGCGGCGCCCAACUCGGAAGGCGCAUGAGAACGCCAAGAACGUGGCGACGGUUAAGGCGAAGGCGAAGGCGAAGGCUAAGUCAAAAGGGAGGGCACAGGCCAAGACCAAGGCCAAUACCGAGGAGGACUCAGAGGAGCAUCCCGCCACCGAGCCGCCAGCUGACAAGAACGGCAAGGCGAAGUCAGAAACGUACAAGCAAGCGUGGUCCGUUUCCGAGCAGCACCUGCUAGAACGCUUGUUGGAGGAGAUCCCCGAGGGCGAAAAGAACCGGUGGGCGAAGAUCUCGAAAGCGAUGAACGGGCGUCGGACAGCGCGACAAGUAGCAAGCCGCGUGCAAAAGUACUACGAAAAGCUGAAGAGGUUCGGGAUUGAGGUCGGGGGCAGCAAAGCGGGAGCCGCGGCAUCUUGACGCUAGUUGAAUCGCUUAAUAUGGACACUAUCAUAUCGUACCUAGUACCCUGCACUGUAUCUAUAGCAUUCCUCCUUGCACUGUCGCCGACGUUGCCCC